UGUUCAUAAUUAGUAAAAUUGGGUUUCUUGACCCAUAAACAAUGUUGUUCCCUCCUCUUCGUUCCCUCUUUUUUCUCACCCUCUUGCUCUCCUCCGUUUGUUUCUUGCAAAUCAAAGCAGACGACGACGAUGAAAGCGACUUGGGCAGUCAUAUCAAAGUAGACAAAAGUCUCAAGUUCGAGAACCCGAAGCUACGUCAAGCCUACAUUGCUCUCCAAUCAUGGAAACAAGCAAUCUUCUCUGAUCCUUUCAACUUCACAGCGAAUUGGAAUGGUUCUGAUGUUUGCUCCUACAAUGGAAUCUACUGUGCUCCUUCUCCUUCCUACCCGGAAACCCGAGUCGUUGCAGGCAUUGACCUCAACCACGCUGACAUGGCUGGUUACUUGGCUUCCGAGCUUGGUCUCCUCUCUGAUCUCGCUCUAUUCCACAUUAACUCAAACCGUUUCUGCGGUGAAGUCCCUCUCACGUUUAACCGCAUGAAGCUUCUUUACGAGCUUGAUCUUAGUAACAACCGAUUCGUCGGUAAGUUCCCUAAGGUUGUCCUCUCUUUGCCUUCCCUUAAGUUCUUGGAUCUCCGCUACAACGAGUUUGAAGGCAAGAUCCCAUCAAAGCUCUUCGAUAGAGAGCUCGAUGCUAUAUUCUUGAACCAUAACCGGUUCCGGUUCGGGAUUCCCAAGAACAUGGGGAAUUCCCCUGUUUCCGCUCUGGUUCUUGCGGACAAUAAUCUCGGAGGAUGCAUACCGGGAAGUAUCGGUCAAAUGGGGAAGACACUCAACGAGCUUAUCCUCUCCAAUGACAACUUAACCGGUUGUUUACCUCCUCAGAUCGGAAACCUCAAGAAAGUAACGGUUUUCGACAUCAGUUCAAACCGUCUACAAGGUCCAUUACCAUCUAGCAUCGGAAACAUGAAGAGCUUAGAAGAGCUUCACGUGGCUAACAAUGGCUUCACAGGAGUCAUUCCUUCAAGUAUCUGCCAGCUUUCUAACCUUGAGAACUUCACUUACUCUUCCAACUUCUUCUCCGGUCGUCCUCCUGUAUGCGCAGCUAGUUCGUUGGCCGAUGCUGUGGUGAACGGUACCAUGAACUGUCUCACCGGUUUGGCUCGUCAAAGAUCGGAUAAAGAGUGCUCAUCUCUGCUUGCUCGUCCUGUUGAUUGCAGUAAGUUUGGAUGUUACAACAUCUUCUCUCCACCACCACCGAUGUUCAAGAUGUCACCUGAGGUCCGGAAACUUCCUCCACCGAUUUACGUGUACUCAUCGCCGCCUCCACCACCAUCGUCAAAGAUGUCCCCUACCGUCAGAGCAUACUCUCCACCACCACCACCAUCGUCCAAGAUGUCACCUACGGUCAGAGCAUACUCUCCACCACCGCCUCCUUAUUCCAAGAUGUCACCUACCGUUAGAGCUUACCCUCCUCCACCGCCUUACGUAUACUCAUCUCCUCCACCGCCUUAUGUGUACUCAUCUCCUCCUCCACCGCCUUAUGUGUACACAUCUCCUCCCCCACCUCCUUACGUAUACUCAUCUCCUCCUCCACCAUCACCAUCUCCCCCACCUCCUUACGUAUACUCAUCUCCUCCUCCACCAUCACCAUCUCCUCCACCUCCUUACGUAUACUCAUCUCCUCCACCACCUUACGUGUACUCAUCUCCACCUCCACCUUACGUAUACUCAUCUCCGCCACCGCCUGUUGUAUACUACGCACCCGAGACACAAAGCCCGCCACCACCAUCACCGAAUCUCCCUUAUGGUGUCUUCAAACCGGAAUCGAACUCAACUCCUCGUCCUGCCGUCGCUAUCGGCGAUUUGGUUCUGGACCUCUCCGCUAUCUCCGAAGCUGGGCUUUUCGAUGGUCCGAUCCUGAAGGACGCCGAUUGCUUCCUUCAGCCUACUUUGAAUAAGUUCUUGGCUAUGGGACGGCCUGCGUGGAAGGAAGCGCGUUCUACGCUUCAAAGAAUCUUGUCAUCUAAUGAACCUACCUUGCGAGACAAUGAUGUUUUGAGGAAAAAGUCAUUCUAUGAGAUGAGUAAAGUGGAAAUGAUUGUUCCUAUGGUCAUUGGGGACUAUACAGACUUCUUUGCAUCUAUGCAUCACGCGAAGAACUGCGGGCUUAUGUUUCGUGGGCCUGAGAAUGCGAUAAACCCAAAUUGGUUUCGUCUUCCCAUUGCAUAUCAUGGACGGGCAUCAUCUAUUGUCAUCUCUGGGACCGACAUUAUUCGACCAAGAGGUCAGGGCCAUCCACAAGGAAACUCUGAACCAUAUUUUGGACCUUCGAAGAAACUUGAUUUUGAGCUUGAGAUGGCUGCUGUGGUUGGUCCAGGAAAUGAAUUGGGAAAGCCUAUUGACGUGAAAAAUGCAGCCGAUCAUAUAUUUGGUCUAGUACUGAUGAAUGACUGGAGUGCUAGGGAUAUUCAGGCGUGGGAGUAUGUACCUCUUGGUCCUUUCCUGGGGAAGAGUUUUGGGACUACGGUAUCCCCUUGGAUUGUUACCUUGGAUGCGCUUGAGCCUUUCGGUUGUCAAGCUCCCAAGCAGGAUCCACCUCCAUUGCCAUAUUUAGCUGAGAGAGAAUCUGUAAAUUACGAUAUCUCCUUAGAGGUCCAACUUAAACCUUAUGGCAAAGAUGAUUCUUGUGUAAUAACGAAGAGCAACUUCCAAAACUUAUAUUGGACCAUAACGCAGCAGCUAGCACACCAUACCGUUAACGGUUGCAAUUUGAGGCCUGGUGAUCUCCUUGGCACCGGAACCAUAAGCGGACCAGAGCCAGAUUCAUAUGGGUGCCUUCUUGAGUUGACUUGGAAUGGACAGAAACCUCUAUCACUCAACGGAACAACUCAAACGUUUCUCCAAGACGGAGACCAAGUCACCCUCUCAGGUGUAUGCAAGGGAGAUGGUUACAAUGUCGGGUUUGGAACAUGCACAGGGAAAAUUGUUCCUUCACCGCCUUGAUCAGCUCUAGCCGGUAACGUACCUUUAUCACAUUUACAAAUUUUUUCCCUAUAACCCUGAAUUGUUUUGACCAAAAAAAAUGAUAACUAAUUG